AUAGGUGCUACCAUGGUCGCUUACAACGUUCCUGCCGCCAACGACGUCCUCGUCCCCGAGACUCUCUUGAAGAAGAACCAGUCCAACGCCAAGGCUGCCGCUGCCCUCGUUGCCAAGAAGGCCGAGGCCAAGAAGGCUCGCAUUGCCAAGAGACGUGAUCUCUUCAAGCGUGCUGCUACCUACCACGCCGAGAACAAGGCUGCCGAGAGACGCGAGGUCUUCCUCCGCCGUCAGGCCAAGAAGAACGGUGACUUCUACGUUCCCGCCCAGCCCAAGCUUGUCUUCGUUGUCCGUAUCCGCGGUAUCAACAACAUUGCCCCCAAGCCCCGCAAGGUUCUCCAGUUGCUCCGUCUUUUGCAGAUCAACAACGGUGUCUUCGUCAAGUUGAACAAGGCCACCUCUGAGAUGCUCCAGUUGGUCCAGCCCUACGUCGCUUACGGUUACCCCAACCAGAAGACCAUCCGCGAGUUGAUCUACAAGCGUGGAUAUGCCAAGUCCAACAAGCAGAGAAUCCCCAUCCACGAUAACUCCGUUAUCGAGAAGGGUCUCGGCAAGUUCAACAUCGUCUGCGUCGAGGAUCUCAUCAACGAGAUUGCCACCGUUGGUCCUCACUUCAAGGAGGCCUCCAACUUCUUGUGGCCCUUCAAGCUCUCCAACCCCAACAAGUUGUGGCACGCUCGCAAGUUCUUGCACUUCGUCGAGGGUGGUGAUGCUGGUGACCGUGAGAACUUCAUCAACAAGCUCGUCCAGUCCAUGAACUAAGUUUUAUAGCUAGCUAAUCCAUCUAGUAUCUAUCUGUUCGAACUUUUUUUUUUAUUUCACUCACUAAAAAAACUUUAAGAACGGUGGCUUGGUUUUCGAACUUCUAAAAUUUAUAAUAUAAAUAUUUUUUGUUUGAUGUACAGAUGUUAUAUAAUGAUGCUAAUAUGAAUAAUGGAUUCAAGAAGUUU